UUUCUUUCGAAAGCGACAAACAGGAGAAAGCUCCAAAGUCCUAACACAGAAAUGCGGUAACGGUUAUCGGACCGACUUCCGUGAUUUCGAUAGUGUUUUCGUGAUACUUCGCUUCACUUUCCUACCGCUUUGCCAACAUGCACCCGAUGCGCGUGGAUGCCAACUACAACGCGCAUUUUCCGUCGCGCGGCCUGAGCGGACCGCUGGAUGCGUACAGUGAUGGCCGCGGCGACGGCGGCGAUGCAGAUGCGUCGCAUCAGAUCCGCACCCUGGCGCCCCCCUUCACCGACCUCUCCAUCGUCAGCCACGAGAUCUACUUCCCCCUGAGUAAAAAACAAGCGACAGAGACGGCCCUGUCCAGUUUCUUGCGCGGUCCGUCGACCAUUCUGAUCGAUGCAGGGACGCCCAAGGUGAUGAGUCGCUUAUACGGCGGCGUGUUUCCUGAUUGGACGGCCGGGGGAUUGUGGCGCAAUUCCAGUGAUUUCAUCCAGAGUCUCAAUGGCUUCGCCAAGGCCCGUGAGAACAAUCACAAACUGGUGGUGGCCUUCGAUGCGUCCAUCGAUAUCCAUAAUAUCAGCGCCUGGCUGGCUAAAAUGGAGUUCGACUAUGAGAACAUUCGGGAGGUCUUCGUGCAGGUGCAGCGUUCGAAUCGACCGCCCAUUGGCAAAGGCAGUUUUAAAUUAUGGUUCCCUCCUACCUGUCUGCAGACCGGCCUGCGCCUCAUCUGUCUCUCCCAGCAAAUCGAAGUGGUGUGCACUCUGUACGAGCACGAACCGGAACUGGUGAUGAACCAACCACCCAUCACCACGCCCACCAGCGUCCGGCGGCAGAGCUGGCUGGACAAGGCCGGCGCCUUCUUCACCAAUUCCCUCGAGUACUUCUGUUACAGCGACGGCGAUUUCCAGGCCAAGGCCUUCUGGGGCGAGAGUCUGAAGCUGAACAUGCGCGGCGAUCGCAUGACGGGGAAGCGGAUUAUCAAAACGGAGGUGGCCAAGGAGCUGGGCAUUCGCGAGCAGUCGCUUGACGCCGGUCUGCUGUAUUAUGGGACAAGGUACUUUUUGGAUGCUAAGGGUUUCGAUCCCGUUCCCGAUCUCCAUCACGAAAUGCAAAGUCGCUUGGCGCAGUGCGACUAUGAGCCAAAUAACCGGCUGAAGCGCGCGCUAGAAGAACUGCGCAAAGUGCACACGCGUGGUGUUAACUGCGAAGACACUUCGGGCAUCGGUAAUUCCCUUAUCCCCAGCGUGUCUUAUAUCAGCGGCCGCCUGCGGAAAAAGGAUAGCUUGCCACCGCACUUUGAACAUCUGGCCAUGAGCGUCGACGUUCCGGAAGCCCAAGUGGAGGCUGAAGUGAAUAAACUGAAGGAUAAAUCAGCGGAGGUGUUUCUGGAAGUGGGAUUCCGUUUGCUGGAUGGCGCCAACGCUGUGCCACCGGCGCCGUAUUUCAAGGCCGGACAGCGUGUCACCUUCCCACACCAACGCCUGUGCUCGGAGAAGUUUUUGACUGAAGUGGAGACCACCCAUCGGAAAGGCCUGCAGCAUGAAUGGUUUGCGCAGUUAUUGCUCGCCGAGAUACCAACUAUUCGAAUUCCGUACACAAUCGGAGAUCGCGGCAAGCUCGUGAUGAAACUGCGAGAUGAUCCGAAAGAGUUUUUCCGACCCAUUCGUCGGCGAGCGUACGGGCUGAUUUUUGGAUUAACGUCGGAAGUGGAUCAGUCAACGUUCCCGACCGUGCACGAAGUGUAUUACGGCGGUGUCGACGCCGUGACCCCACUGCCCCUGUCCAGUCAGAUUUCUGCUCAUUUCCGCUCGUGCGCUGAUCUGUGGAACAAGCGCAGUCCGCACGGUUUACUGGCGCUACUGAAGCUGGUGCUGGGCGAGCGGAUGCCGGCACGCUGGGAGGCCGGCUUUGUGUCCAUUCCGGAGUGGACGUGGGUGCCGGUCAUUGCGUUGCGCUACAUGUUACACUGCGAGCCGCGUUUACUAACGGACGGCUACCUGGAUGCCAUUUUGGCCACGGUGGCCGCUCUGGGGUCGCUGCGGCUGCGGGCUGGCGUGGCGGGACGAAGGAUCGACGAGAAUGACCGCACGCAGAGUGAUGGUAAUCUGGUGGCCACCGAGCGCUCCAUUACCUUCGCGUCGUAUUUCAUGACGGCGGUGGACCACGUCAUCUUUGUCAACGACAUUGUUGGUGGGCUCAUCUCACCCGUGGAGCUCAACCCCUGCAAUUACUUCGACGGUAACGUUUUCCAUACCAAACUGGCGGUCCGCUCUUCGCCGCGCUAUCAGGACGCACGAUGUCGCUAUCGGCUUGAAGACCUCCUGGGCAGAGAGGAUCAGAAAGUGGCCCUGUUUUUGAAAUUACGGUCGGUGGCCUUGGCGGGAAUUAGCGAAAGUGAUUUGGCGAUGGAGCUGCUGGACGCCGAAAUGGACACUGUGCGAGAUCUGCUGACCAAGAGACUCAUCACCGAAACACCGGCCGUGCUGCCAGGCGGUCAUUCCAUUGCACGUCCGUUUACCGAUUUCCGCCGCUGAGUCUGGUUUGGACUUUGAUUCAUCUGUUCCUGUUUGCACAUCAAGGAAAAUUUCGGGUUUCAUGGUUUUCCGUCUUUGAAUAAAUGGUCGCCUAGCUCCUUGACCGACGCGAUUUUCAUUUGGAUAAUCUUGUUCGGAUUAACUAUUUCAGUUAUUUGAAGUUUAGUUUUGCUGAAAUCGUAGAAGGAUUGUAAUGCAGGCUUCUUUCGUUUCCUGCACACAUGUAUCUCAGUUUAUUUCGCUGGUUCGCGUAGAAUUAUUGUGACCUUUGAAUAUUGUGCAAGCAAAUGUCGGAGUAUUAUAGCUGAGUUUUGCAAAUUGUUGUUGUAUUGUUGAUUGGUUGUACUAAUGUUGUAAAUUACAAUAAUAAACUGAAUAUAAUCGUGAUAUAA